CUGCGUGUCCUCCCGUCACGUGUCUCCCGGCAGUAUGGCCGCCGUCCUGUAGCAGUCGGGGGGAGCCGCCGUCACUUGAGAGGUAAAACUUUAGUCCGCACCAUGUCGGCCGUGCUCUUCCUGAGGCGGUCGCUCAGCAGACUGCCGCCGAGCGUCGCCCGGCAGGUCGUCGGCCGCCAGUACCACACCGAGAGAGGAGUGUACGGAUACCGGCCCAAACCCGCCGACAAGGAGCACGAGCUACCGAGCGAGCGCGUCGCCGCGCUGAACCAAGAUCACGGUGUAGCUCGCCUGGUGGAGGCGUACCGGGCACAUGGACACAAGGCGGCUAAGAUUAACCCCUUACUGCCCCUGGAGCCGGUGGCCGACUGCGUCCCGGAGAUCAGCACGCUGACCGGCAGCAUGAGGGGACGACUCAACACCUCAGGUCUGCGGCACUUUGGGAAGGCGGAGGCUUCACUGGAGGAGGUCCAGGCCUAUCUGGAAGAGGCCUACUGCGGCCACCUGUCAGUGGAAACCAGCCAGCUGAGCAGCCUGGAGGAGAGGGAGUGGUUUGCUGACCGCUUUGAGGAGCUCAAGCAGAAAAGUUUCUCCCCUGAGGAGAGGAGGCAGCUGGCCAAGAUCAUGCUGGAGUCUCAGGAAUUUGACCACUUCCUAGCCACAAAGUUUGCUACCGUGAAACGCUACGGAGGAGAAGGAGCAGAGAGCAUGAUGGGCUUCUUCUACGAACUUUUCCACCAGUCGGCCCACAGUGGAGUCACGGACAUUGUCAUCGGCAUGCCCCACAGAGGCCGACUGAACCUCCUGACAGGCCUGCUGAAGUUCCCACCAGAGCUCAUGUUCCGUAAGAUGCGAGGCCUCAGCGAGUUCCCCGAGAGCUCGCCUGCCAUCGGCGACGUGCUCUCCCACCUCACCUCCUCGGUGGAGUUGGAUUUUGGCGCCGGACACCCUCUUCAUGUGACCAUGCUGCCCAACCCGUCCCACCUCGAGGCCAUCAACCCGGUGGCCCAGGGCAAAAGCCGAGCCAGGCAGCAGCUCAGGAAAGAGGGGGACUAUUCACCCGAAGACAGCGCCCAGCCAGGAGACCAGGUCGUCUGUCUGCAGGUCCAUGGUGAUGGCUCUUUCCCUGGUCAAGGCAUCGUUCCCGAAACCCUGACUCUCUCAAACCUCCCUCACUACAGAGUGGGUGGGAGCAUCCACCUCAUAGUGAACAACCAAGUGGGUUACACCACUCCAUCGGAGAGAGCGAGAUCCUCUUUGUACUGCAGCGACGUCGGCAAGAUGGUGAACUGUGCUGUGAUCCAUGUGAACGGAGACGAUGCGGAGGACGUGAUGCGGGCCACUCGGCUGGCCGUGGAGUACCAGCGGCGUUACAGGAAGGAUGUGAUCCUGGACCUGCUCUGCUACCGUCAGUGGGGCCACAACGAGCUGGAUGAGCCUUUCUUUACCAACCCAGCCAUGUACAAGAUCAUUCGCUCCCGUAAGAGUGUCCCCGACUCCUACUCCGACCAGCUGAUCGCUGAUGGUCUGAUGACGGACGCUGACCGUGGCGAGAUCAAAUCCAAGUACUACGGCUCGCUGAACGACAAGUUGGCCAACAUGACCCUGUACAGCCCCCCGCCCACCAACCUGCAGGGCCGCUGGGGAGAUCUGGUGGAACCCCAGGCCAGAGUCACCACCUGGGACACCGGCGUCCCUGUUCCUCUCCUUCAGUUUGUCGGAGCAAAAUCGGUGGCCAUCCCUGAGCAAAUCCAACUGCACAGUCACCUCGGGAAGACCCAUGUUCAGGCUCGGAUGCAGAAGUUAGAAGAGGGCAACAAACUGGACUGGUCCACCGCAGAGGCCAUGGCUUUCGGCUCCCUCCUCUGCCAAGGCUUUAAUAUUCGAAUCAGCGGGCAGGAUGUUGGAAGAGGCACAUUCAGUCAACGUCAUGCCAUGGUGGUGUGUCAAGACACCAAUGACAUGUACAUCCCUCUCAACCACAUCAGUCCUGAGCAGACAGGUUUCCUGGAGGUGUGUAACAGCCCCCUGUCUGAGGAGGCGGUGCUCGGAUUUGAAUACGGUAUGAGCAUCGCACAGCCAAAGCUUCUUCCCAUCUGGGAAGCUCAGUUUGGAGAUUUCUUCAACGGAGCUCAGAUCAUCUUUGAUACCUUCAUAACUGGAGGUGAAGCUAAAUGGCUGCUGCAGUGUGGGAUGGUGAUCCUGCUGCCUCACGGUUACGAUGGAGCUGGACCGGAACACUCCUCCUGCCGAAUGGAGCGCUUCCUCCAGAUGUGUGACAGUAAAGAGGAGGGUGUGGACGGUGACAAUGUGAACAUGGCUGUGGUCAACCCCACCACUCCAGCUCAGUACUUCCACCUGCUGAGGCGACAGAUGGUCCGCAACUUCCGCAAACCUCUCAUCGUGGUUGGACCCAAGACGCUGCUCAGGUUUUCUGGGGCAGUGUCCAGUGUGACUGAACUUGCACCAGGAACGUCUUUCAGACCAGUGUUAGGUGACACCUCAGCCCCAGCAGAAAGUGUCCAGAGGGUGGUGCUGUGCUCGGGGAAGCAUUACUACGCCCUGCUGAAACAGAGGGAGGCGUCAGCAGCAAACCACAACACGGCGCUUGUCCGUGUGGAGGAGCUGUGUCCGUUCCCCCUGCCGGCUCUGCAGCAGGAGCUCAACAAGUACCCCAAUGCCAAAGAGUUCAUCUGGAGUCAGGAGGAGCCUCAGAACAUGGGUCCCUGGUCUUUUGUAGCUCCCAGGUUUGAGAAGCAGCUGGCCUGCAAGCUCCGGUUAGUGAGCCGGCCCGCUCUGCCCGCCCCCGCUGUCGGCAUCGGGACCCUGCAUCAGCAGCAACAAGAGGCCAUCCUCACCGCUACCUUCUCCUAAGACUACUGGGAACUCAAAUAUGCAGGACACAAGCUUAAGUACUUCACUUCACUACAAACGGUCUGCUGUGGUUUUCCCACCAUCGCCAGUAAACGCACAGAGCUGCUGCACGGCUGUUUGGAACCAAUUGGUCAAAAAUUAAAAGAAAAAAAUCAACUGAAGUGUUAAAGUGUUGCUAGAUUUAUUUGUACACUUAGUCAAAAACUAGUUUUAAUUAUUUUGAUGUGGUUUGAAGGCACAGCCUGAGUUCCUGUUUACUCUCUGUCUCUCAUUUAACAUGAGUGUUUUCUUUGUCAGUCUAAGGUUAAAGGCUCUUUGUAAAGGAAAACAAUCAUUUGCGAAUUUGGUUUGGAUCUGAACUGAGGUCUUGAAGCCAAGAAGCACUUUUAUCUGAAUCGAGGCCUUGUCGUAAAGAAGCACUUUUGGCUGACCAUCCAGUUUGUCACACUCAGGACUGUAUCUUGUUUGUGUCAAACCUGUGAAGGCUACACACUUCAGGAAUCAAAACUGUUUAGUUGUGUCAUACAUUUAGUCGGCCUGAGUUGCUAAUUGUUUUUUACUCUUCUGAACAGAAAGAUAUCAGUGUGACUUGAGGGAAAUCUCUGAGCAUAUCAUCUUGUAAUAUUUAUAAAAAGAAUGUUUUAACUGGAUUCAACACUACAUUAAAGAAAGAGAUGAAACGUUUUCUGAACAAACAAGAAGAAAAGUUGUCACCACUGUGGCUGUGAUAUGUUUAUCCAACCAUGAACUUAGUACAGCUGAGCAAUUUAUGUUACAGAUUUGGGCUAAGAGGUACGUGCAUAUUUUCAUUAUUUAACAAUCAUGGGUUAAACUGAGACUUGAGUUCAAAGUACCGGCAUUAAAGGGCUAAUGUAAAUAAACAGAAUUAGAAUAUUCAAAUGGACAUUUUCCAAUAAAUCUAUUUUCUGGUUUGUG